GCGCAGGCGCGCUGGGGAGGGAGGGCUAUGCUAAUGUUGUUGAUAUCCUGGGGCCACCCGAGUUAAAGGGGGGAAAUCCGGGGGCUGCCGCAGCCGCCACCGGUCUGGGCCCAUCCGGGGCACCCCUGUAGUCGCCGUAGUCCCGGGGAGAGGCGCCUGACCCCAGCUUGGGGAGAGGGCGCCGCCGGCCCGGGGAGCACGGACAACCCCUACCCAUGAGGCCCUGAUGGAAAACACAAAGGAUCUGGUGAGAGCCUAGCGCGGCAGCCGCUUUGUGUACCAGAGUCGGAAGAGACAUUAGAGGUCACCCAACGCAGCCGUCCCCUCUGCAGCUUCCCUGACAAGUGCUUUUCAGGUUCAUACUUAAGGAUUCAUAGCUUUCUUCUGAAGAACUGAAAGCCUAUUCAUGUGAAUUAGUUGUUUUAUCAUACAUCCUUCCUGUGUGACUGAAAAUUCUUCACGAUCCGAAAGGAAAAGAAGAGACUCUUUCGGGAUGUUUGACGGUUAUGAUAGCUGCAGUGAGGACACAAGUAGCAGCUCCAGCUCUGAGGAGAGUGAAGAAGAAGUUGCUCCUUUACCUUCCAAUCUCCCGAUUAUCAAAAACAAUGGACAAGUCUACACAUACCCGGAUGGUAAAUCUGGCAUGGCUACCUGCGAAAUGUGUGGAAUGGUUGGUGUGCGAGACGCGUUUUACUCUAAAACCAAACGUUUCUGCAGCGUUUCAUGUUCAAGAAGUUAUUCGUCAAACUCCAAGAAGGCAAGCAUUUUGGCCAGACUUCAGGUAACGGGUAAGCCUCCAACAAAGAAAGCAAAAGUUCUUCAGAAACAACCUUUAGUUGCUAAACUAGCUGCAUAUGCCCAGUAUCAAGCUACCUUGCAAAAUCAAGCAAAGACUAAAGCAGCAGCAGUCUCCAUAGAAGGUUUCAGCUGGGGUAACUACAUCAAUAGCAAUAGCUUUAUAGCAGCUCCAGUUACCUGCUUUAAACAUGCACCCAUGGGGACCUGCUGGGGUGAUAUCUCAGAAAAUGUGAGAGUAGAAGUUCCCAAUACAGACUGCAGCCUACCUACCAAAGUCUUCUGGAUUGCUGGAAUUAUAAAAUUAGCAGGUUACAAUGCCCUCUUACGAUAUGAAGGAUUUGAAAAUGACUCUGGUCUGGACUUCUGGUGCAAUAUAUGUGGUUCUGAUAUCCACCCAGUUGGUUGGUGUGCAGCCAGUGGAAAACCUCUUGUCCCCCCUAGAACUAUUCAGCAUAAGUAUACAAACUGGAAAGCUUUUCUAGUGAAACGACUUACUGGUGCCAAAACACUUCCUCCCGAUUUCUCACAAAAGGUUUCAGAAAGUAUGCAGUAUCCUUUCAAACCUUGCAUGAGAGUAGAAGUGGUUGACAAGAGGCAUUUGUGUCGAACACGAGUGGCAGUGGUGGAGAGUGUAAUUGGAGGAAGAUUAAGACUAGUAUAUGAAGAUAGUGAAGAUAGAACAGAUGACUUCUGGUGCCAUAUGCACAGCCCACUAAUUCAUCAUAUUGGCUGGUCUCGAAGCAUAGGCCAUCGAUUCAAAAGAUCUGAUAUUACAAAGAAACAGGAUGGACAUUUUGAUACACCACCACAUUUAUUUGCUAAGGUAAAAGAAGUAGACCAGAGUGGGGAAUGGUUCAAGGAAGGAAUGAAAUUGGAAGCUAUAGACCCAUUAAAUCUUUCCACAAUAUGUGUCGCAACCAUUAGAAAGGUGCUAGCUGACGGAUUCCUGAUGAUUGGGAUCGAUGGCUCAGAAGCAGCAGAUGGAUCUGACUGGUUCUGUUAUCACGCAACCUCCCCUUCUAUUUUCCCUGUUGGUUUCUGUGAAAUUAACAUGAUUGAACUUACUCCACCUAGAGGUUACACAAAACUUCCUUUUAAAUGGUUUGACUACCUCAGGGAAACUGGCUCCAUUGCAGCACCAGUAAAACUAUUUAAUAAGGAUGUUCCAAAUCACGGAUUUCGUGUAGGAAUGAAAUUAGAAGCAGUAGAUCUCAUGGAGCCACGUUUAAUAUGUGUAGCCACAGUAACUCGAAUUAUUCAUCGUCUCUUGAGGAUACAUUUUGAUGGAUGGGAAGAAGAGUAUGAUCAGUGGGUAGACUGUGAGUCUCCUGACCUCUAUCCUGUAGGGUGGUGUCAAUUAACUGGAUAUCAACUACAGCCUCCGGCAUCACAGUCAUCAAGAGAAAGCCAAUCAGGUUCAUCGAAACAGAAGAAAAAGGCUAAGUCCCAGCAAUACAAAGGACAUAAGAAAAAGAGGAAGAUGCCAGUUGGGAAGAAGCCUGUCAGUUUGUCGAGCCUGCCCAUGUCAGGUGGGGUGCGGAGGAGCUUCUCUGGUGACGAAGAGUUGACUCCUCCUCCAUACCGAGCCCUUCCAGCACAGACAGCCCUGGAGGCCUUCCCACCUCCCAGCACUAGCCAGGAGUUCAGGCCCAGCCUCAAAACAGUGACUACAUUGCAGCUGAAGGACGAGUUGCUAGAUGGAGAGGAUUAUAAUUUCCUCCAAGGAGCAUCUGAUCAGGAAAGCAAUGGCUCUGCCAACUUCUACAUUAAACAGGAGCCCUGAGCUGGCUCAGAAACUGAGGGUGGGCGGGGACGACUUUUACACAGGACUGAUUUCUAAUCAAUCCAGCUGUACAGCGGGGCUAUUGUACUGGGACAUUUUGCUAAACAUAGAAAAUUUCAGUUCCAGAUUUUUCAGGUGGGUGGGGAAACUAUUUUAGUCGUGGGGGGAAAUUUUUCAAUUUAUAAAGAUGGACAAUUUUUGUGUUGUAUUUGAAGCUUUUGAAAGAAUUUUGUAAUAUUUUCCACGUUUGGACUUAUGUGCAUUGUUAACAAGAACUGAAAUUCUAACUUUUUUGGUAAGAUUAAAGUUUAGGUAGCAGGAUUGAAGGAAAUGAUUUAAGGAGGAUAUAGUUGUAAAUGCAAGUGAACUGUCAUUACAAAUGAACCUUUUUGGUACCUGUUGGGAGAUUUUUGGGACUUUAGAAGUUAGGCCAGUCACAUCUCCAGCUUCCUUUGCUGCAGAAAUAUGCAACUGACACCCCCUCAUGGAGGAGGGUUCAUCACCACAUAGAUCAUGGAAGGGGGAACUAAUUCUACUUGUUGGCAUUUUGUUGCAGCCCAUUUUAAAUGUACAGAAAGAAAUGAUUUUCAUUCUGUGAAAAUGUAUUUGGAGUUCUAUAUGAAACUGGAAGAACCCUGGAUACUUUUCUACGUUCUUCUUUAAUUGAAAAACAAUGUAAAAUAUCCUAACACUAAAGUGUUUAACUGGAAUGGUUGACAAGAUAUUCAGGAUGUCAAUCUACAUGUUGAGGGGUUGAGGAAAAUGCAAUAAGGUCCUAAGUUUAUUUCAUUUUCCUUACUAAAAAAUACCCCACCAAAGGGCUUCUGCUCAGUUCUCCGCCACCUCCCUCUAUCUGUGAGAUAAUACUUGGUAUAACCACACCCCAAAACAGAUGUUCUGUAUUACCAGAAUCAAAAUCAAAGUUUUUUAAAGCCAAACUAAGUUUAGAUUUCAAAAUCAUUCCAGCUCUGCUUCUAACUAUCCUGGAUUUGUUAGAAAACUAAUUUGAAAGAGAAUUUAAUUUUUUUUAAUUCCACAUAUAUAUAUAUAUAUAGUAUGAAUUGUCUUUAUUUGUAUUCAGAAUUAGUUAUAACAAUAGUAACUGAUUUGGACCAUUUUGAACAUUCCCUGUUUUAAAAUUCACAUGGCUUCCUUUCAAAAAAGGAUCUAAGGGUAAAUUGGUGAAAGGUUUGCUCUCUGCAUUUUCUAACUUUCCGAGUUGUGACUGAAUGAGAGAGCUCUCGCAUUUACCAGUGAGGUUCAUAAACUAAACUCUCAGGAAUUAUUGCAUCUGUUCUAGAAGUGCUUCUGGGUCUUAGCCUGGCCUCUUCAGAGUGGUAAUAUUGACCAUCUCCUCUGGAAUAUAGGUAGGGCUAAUUAGAAAUUAAUCAAAAUGAUUAAACUCUACAGUCCUUCAGCCUAUGGAAUGCUUUAAAAAAGUUAAUGGAAAGCCCCAGGAGACCAUUUUAGGUAAGAUUUUUGUUUGGAUUUUAAAAUGCAUAGAACGUUAAAAACCAGCAAUUUAUUUUCUAAAAUAUUGCUCUACUUUUGGGAAUAAUAGCAUUGGUAAUACACACAGGUUUACCUCAUUCUAUGCAAGAGGGGUUAAUAACAUAAGGUUUUGUAGUUGCUACUGGAAGUAAAAUUUGUUACUUUAUAGUGUAAGAAUGUAUGGAAUCGCAUGUCAACAUUUCUUAAUACUAACUCUUUAGGGG